AUGCUCUACUCCGAUUCUGCAAGAGCCACUCUGGGCGGCUGCGCUUACAGCGUCGGCAUGUCCAUCGCCAGCCUCUCUAUCCGACUCGCACGGCGCCUUCCGUGGACUGGUAUCGUCGACCAACUGCGCGAAGAAUACGAAACCAGUCCCUCCAUUUUCGACCCAACUCCCAUUGAUGCCAUCUGGGAAGAAGAACACCGUUUCCUCCACUGGAAGCGAACGGCUCCACAUAAGAGGCCACCAUUCCGUCCCAAGGAAAUCCCAUCUGGAUCCAUUCGUGUGGAAUUUUAUGCUGAUGUCGAAAUGCUUCGCCAAGGCUAUGAGUCUGAUGUAUGGGCCAAUAUUCCUCUAACCUAUUCGGGGGAGUUGGAAUUAGGCAAGGUAACGAAGUUAUGGGGACUUGAACCCCACAAAUACGCGAUUAUGGAUCUCCCUCGUUACGAACCGUUCUAUCCAGCAAACCAGGAACGUCUUUCCCGUCUCGCUAUCUCUGUACAAACAAAAGACUUCUCCACGCCGCUUCGUAUUUUCGAGACGUCAGUUUCGCAGGUUACUUCUAUCAAACGCAACCUACGGGCGUACUGGCGUACCUGUCUAAUGUUAAUCACGCUUUUCGCAAACCUCAUCAGCCAUGGAACGAGCAGCCAAAUGGACUGUGUUGUUCCCUUCUCGCCCGCAUUUUGGGAUAUCUACGACUUACUCUGCGACUUCCGCAACCUCGUGUGUGGAGUGGUCGUCCUAAUUAAAGAUUGUUUCGCCGGCAUCCGGCCAGCGGCCACUAGGCACUUCGAAUCUACCGACUUCUCGUGGUGGGCGUCAGGAGGGUUCAAGGUUGCCCUAUUAUUUUGGGUUUUACUCGCGGAGGCCGUAUCCUGUGGAUUUAUCAGGGUGUGGUGAAGAUCUCCACGGCGACGACGCUUUCAUGCCACAUAUGCCCCAUUACAUCUAUGACCCUAUGCACCCCUUAUAUGCUUGUUUUCCACUACUAUGCCCUCCAUCAGCUGUCUGCUUUGUUCUCUCUCUUUUAUAUACAAAUGUACAGUAGUUGAAACUGCCUCUCGAUAACUAAAACUGUACGAUAGCCAUUCCGCUUUGUUCAAUGUUGCAUCAUCAUUUUGGAUAC